AUGCUAAGUAAUACAUCGCUUGGAAACACGAGUGAAGCAAACAUCACUACCGAGGGCUCGCAAUAUUUGCAAAUACCAUUGGGGGUGAACAUCUUCCUGCUUAGCAUCCAGGCCGCCCUUGGUGUAUUAGGUGUGGUCGGAAAUAUCCUGGUCUGUGUGACUGUUGUGAGAAGAACAAGCAAACUAUCUGCUUUGAGUCCGUAUCUACUGAGUCUGGCAUGCGCGGAUCUUGGAAUUUUGUUGUUCAAUCAUCCUAUAGUGAUCUUGCGAAUUCAACUUCGAAGUCGCUGGAUCCUCGGCAAAGUAAUAUGUUUGUACGUUAAUACCUUCAAAGAGACGUUCUUCAGUGCUUCCAUUUGGACUAUAACAGCGAUUGCUGCUGAGCGUUACUUAAACACUUCUAGGAAGACCAAAAAGAUACGUCUUGGACAAAGGAAAUCAUUGAAGAAACGGGCCUGCUUCAUCAUAACCGCGAUAUGGAUUAUAUCGUUCGGCGUUACAACUAUCCCUGCGUUUAUCGACAUGGAGUACCAUUCUAAUAACAGCUCUCACAGUAGAUGCCGAAGCACAGCUUCGCUUACUUUUAAUCGCAUUUUUGUGACAGUCAAAGCCAUAAUACUGUACGUCCUUCCUCUAGGCCUUAUAGCUUUAAGCUACCAAAGCAUAAGCAAAAGAGUGGCUAAAAGAUCUGAGGCCCUCCUAGCUGGGACGCCAAGCUUUUCUCGCGAAGCAAGUUGUUCGAAUACCAGGGCCAUUCUGAUCCAAACCAGAAAAACCCAGCGGAUUCUCAAGCCGCUGGUCAUUGUGUUCGCAGCCACAAUGCUGCCUCUCCAGCUGUUCUCGCUGGUCGCAUCAUAUUGGACACUAUUUAACCGUCAAAGUUAUUUUUACGUUUUUUUCACGUUGGUCAACAUAUCAGUUGCCGUCAAUGCAGCGGCGGACCCGCUUGUUUACUGUGUGGUGAACGAAAAUUUUCGUGUAGAAAUGAAAGCUGCCUUGUAUGGUUGCUUCCGAUGCCAGAAUACCAAGACUGUCCGAGAAAGACAAUCCGUCGUUUCGACGGUCACAGUUCGAUCUAGAGCCGAAAAUAACUCAAUGGUACUUUCAGUAACGAACGAGGAAACAAACUUGUGAAAAUAUAUAAGCCGGGUGUACUGAAACAAGUAUAAAUGAAGCAUACUGGCGUUCUUUUUGGUGACGUGGUCUGGAUUACUGAAACCAGUCAAAACUUAGCAAAACCAUAAUGGGUUUAAAAGCUAAGCAAUAAAAUUCCGAGUCCUUUUAAACAACCAGUAAUUUGGGUUUGUUUGUUUGUUGGCUUAAAAACUAUAACCUUUUAAUAAAAUGUUACCGUUAAUACAAGCUUCAGGCAGAGAAAUAUUGCUUGUGUUAAACCAAUGCAUGAAUUAACACCAGCCCAAUUAACAAACCGGCAAUAAAAUUAAAAACAUUAUAUAUUUACAAUACUGAAAAAGGCCAGACUAUGGAGCAAUGAAUAAUAUCAAAAGUAUUGAAUAACGAGAGGGAAAACUAAAACUACUUGGAAUGGUAGCUUGUCGAAUUGCUAAAAAAAUAGUAAAAAAUUGUCGACGAUUUCUAAAGUGGUUUUUUAGAUUCUUUAUUUAAACAUAAAAUUAAAGUAACAGCUUCAAAACACAAAGUCUUUAUCUCAGCUCUUUGAAGAUUUGAAAGCUUCUGAAAGCGGCUUUACAUUUUUAAUUGCAGUUUGUUUGUCUUAAAAUUCUGUGAGAUUAUUUACAUUGAUCAAAAGUCGGCUGCCUCACGUGGUUCUUAUUUGCAAGAAACAUGUCGUAGUUGUCUUGUUAACGAAUGACAUCAAUUAAACCUGCGCCGUCAAAGUUACUUUAUCUCACUUAUAGUAUGUUUGUUUUUGUUUCUACUACCUGACUACAUGACUUGUUUUAUGAAAAAAGAAAAAGAAAUCAAAGUAAAAUAGAACUUAGGACACAAACAGAAAAAUUUCCUUAAAGAAUUGAAUUGAUUUAAGAGCUCACGAGACAUGUAAAAAGCAAGGGCAGUUUAUUACUGUUUUACUUUUCUUUGAAUAAAUAAUUUUGUGACCUUAUAUUACCUCUUAUUAUUCAUUCAAAAUAUUUUCGCGAUUCUGAUUGGCUAAAAGCACAGGCAUAAUUCACCAUAACCAGCUACUGAUGACCAAAUUUGGAAGAAUUUUGCGAUUAAUCAACCGAUGACUCAAAAGUGCAGCUUCCUUGCAGGUUAAUGUACUGUUAACCGAGAAGACCUGGGGACGAGGUUGAGUUGAUUUGGUUGCGAAAACAAAAAUGGCGUUCAUUUCACUGGUUUCAAGAGUAAGAACUAGGCGAAAUAAUAGCUAAAAACAUGGCAAGAACAGCAAGAAGACAACUCGAAAGGCGACAUUUGCUAUUUGGAGAAUAUUUUGGAAGAUGAGCUUAACAUCGAUGAAGGUAAGCAUGUUUUAGCUAUGUUUUUAAAGUAGGAAUUAUUUUGAAUGAAUGAUAAAACAAUUAUUGAAUUCGGCUUUCGUAGCAUGUGAAGAACUAUGGAGAUCUCGGAGGGUGUUAUCCGCCUCGGCCUAAGGCCUCAACGGAUAACACCCUCCUCGAUCUCCAUAAUUCUUCUUAAGAUACUCAGCCUCAUUCAUUAAUUGUAAAUUAUUUCAGCGUUUUUAUAAUCUUGAUGCAUCUUAUUAUUAUUAUUUUUUUUUUUAUUAAGGUUGGGUUAUUGCGAGUAGAAAAAGUGAGCGCCGUUGUUUUCUUUAAAUGGCCGGGUGUUUAAACAUUCACAGAAAUUUCUCAUUAAAAUGCCCUGUAUGGCAGUUUACUUUUUCUCUUUGCUGUGCAGUACAGUAAUUCGUGGAAGUGUCUGAAAAAUAUUUGUCACAGAACUUACCACAAUUAACUCUUCGAGCAAAAAAAACAGUCACAACCCAUCCCUUAACUUCUCUCACUUUCUCCUACUUUACAGGGCCUUCAAAAAAAAAAUCAACAAUCCCCGUUACAUAAAGGUUCCCCAAAUUACCUAUUUAAGCCUUUUGCUGGCCCUCCUCCACACAAGGUAAAGCAUUCAUCCUGGCCUCAUCCCAAAUUACCUCUAAAACACUCUCAUAGAUUUCGCUCAAACUCUGCGAACGUCGAAGCAGCUAUUGGAGUAUGAAGCUCUUGUGAACGAUUUUGAAAAAAAAGUUCCCGGUGCCGAGAUAUACGCCUGCAAGUAAACUAGGUAAUGCCGUCAUUUCGCUGCCAUGACGACUCCAAUGCCAUUGCAACGCUGAUCAUAACAAAUUUUCAUCUUUAUCUAGUACAGCCGUGGUGGUAAUUUUUGCCAAAUCUUUGUUAAUGGCGACGUAGCUAAUGCUCAAACUUGGCCGCUAUUGUCCCAGAAAAACCCCAUCCAGCCACCUUAAUGCGGGAGACACUGGGACCUUCUUCUGUUCACUUCCUUGUGUGCACAUGCUUACUUGCGUUCCUCAUGAGGUAGGUACGCCACAGCCGCGGGUUGGUAACCGCCGAGGUCAAAUAUUCAUCUCGCAAAAUAGCGCUUACAGCACGGGACGGCGAAAAAAACAUGACACAUGACUCAGUCAACAUUUUCUUCAAACUUUUAUUGAAAUAUUUGCUGUAAAUUCUGCAUUUUGGAACAAAUUAUAGCCACUGUACUGUUCAUAUGUAUUUCUUCUAUAAAUUUCAAUCAACAACGGCCCCCAAACAGAGGGUGGUAUGCCUGUGGUCAAAUGAAAGAUAUUAGUGCAACAGAAAUAUGUAAAGUGGAAUUAAAAAAAAAAAAGGAAAAAAGAGCACUUGUGCACUUGAAUAGUGGUGCGUGAUCUCAUAACGCUUCGAUAGGUUUUCACAAAAUGGUGGAGUAAGUGUGACGUAACGCAGCUGAUCGACCUGGGAGUGUUCGUUGUAUCAAUUGCCUCAGCGUGAUUGAGCAUCCAUUGUCGUGGAUUCGUGGAUUCUGUGAUUUUUUUUAAGUGCUUAAAUCUGAAGAGAGACUGCAUGUGAAACGAUACCGAGAUACAACGGGGAGAAAUAAAGUAAAAUGUUUUGGUCAAUUUGGUCUAUAAAAGCGGGAAAAAUUGAAAUAAAGCGCGCGUAAUUUUGGACGGAGCAAACUCCUAAUUGUACCAGUAGGCAACACGCGCGCUAACCAUGUUAGUGAGAAUGGUUUCGGCGACUUAAAAAAUACCGGUGUUGCUGUACGAUGGUAGUAAUAACUAAAUUUGAAAAGCGAAACAAAAUUCACUGUUCUUGCAGAAUGGCGGGAUUUUUCAUUGUAUUAAGUAAAGCACAAGACAUUCAUUACUAAUUAACCUGAGAUCAGGCCCAAUUUUAGCGGUUCUCAUACAUUCUCUCUAACGGCCUGCUCUAAAAAUCUCUUUUCGUUUCGCCAUGCCCGCCGGAAUAUAAUUUUCAAAGCGAAACGAAAAUAGAGCCUGAUCUCAGGUUAAUUACUAAUAAACUGUCUGCUGACUGUAGUACUGAGAGAAAGGGCACCGCAGCCUUUGACUAAAAACUUUUACUGAGAAACAAAUCAGUUGGGCUUGUUGCAAUUUCCUAGUCUAUUAUUUUUUAUUAAAUGUGACAAGGAACUUAACUUCAGUUUACGUGACAAAGGGCUUAAAGACAGUGCCAUAGGGAUCUUAUGAGACAGGCUCUCAUUUUAAUUUGUUUAAACUCGGUGAAAAACAAAUUCUUUCUGCAUCCCGCACUCUUUUGUGACGAAAAGAACCUCAUAAUGCAAAUAUUAAUUAAACAAAUGUAUUCAUCUCUCUGUAAAUUAGGUAAUAACCUGUGAAGUGUGAAGUUGUUUGCUAGUCUGGCUAGUUGUUUGAAAUACUCUAGACGUGAUCAAAUCUAACAAGACAAAAGAUUUCAUAAGGUGCUAUAAAGAUCAUAUGGUUUUCACGCUCCAUGCAAAGCUAUACAAAGUACAGUCUCUAAAAAGCCCCACACGGUCGAAUUGUAGAGUUUUUUUUUUCCACGUUCUUCAAAUAAUUGAUUCAUCUCAGCUGGAGCAACUAUUGACGUACUCUAUGCCGAGAGAGGAUAUCUUGAGUUGACUGUACUGAAGUGCUCAUAAUAUCUGAGGUAUGUUAUAUUUGUUAAUAGUUAACUGCAUUUAAUUGAUAUCAAACGGAUUUCACAUUGCUCGCAUUUCUUCGCAGAAACCUCAAGUGGUUGGGUCACAUGUUUCAACACUGUUUGCAAGCCGUGCGGUAAAGUUGUGA